UAUGUGUCCAGCUGCCGAGCAGUCACUCAGAGCGCACCAGAGCAAGGGGGCUUCCCGCCUCACCACCUCACCCACCACCACCGCCACCAGCGCCCCCCCCCACCACCGCCCCACCACGGCCACCCCCACCACUUCCACCAGGAGGCAGGGCUGCACGCCUCCCAGGUGACACCCUGCCUGUGCCCCUUGUUCUCCUGCCAGUGGGAAGGCCACCUGGAGGUGGUGGUACCCCACCUGCGCCAGAUGCACAGGGUUGACAUCCUUCAGGGAGCUGAGAUAGUCUUCCUGGCCACGGACAUGCACCUCCCCGCACCGGCCGACUGGAUCAUCAUGCACUCCUGCCUCGGCCACCACUUUCUGCUGGUGCUAAGAAAACAGGAGCGGCACGAAGGGCACCCUCAGUUCUUUGCCACCAUGAUGCUCAUUGGGACCCCCACCCAGGCAGACUGCUUCACCUAUCGCCUGGAGCUCAACAGAAACCAUCGUCGUCUCAAGUGGGAGGCCACCCCCCGGUCUGUCCUUGAGUGCGUGGACUCGGUGAUCACUGACGGGGACUGCCUCGUCCUCAACACCUCGCUGGCCCAGCUCUUCUCUGACAACGGCAGCCUUGCCAUCGGAAUCGCCAUCACCGCGACGGAGGUCUGCGCCUCGGAAGCGGAGCUGUGAAGCAAGCAGGGGCUGGACGCGCA